AUGGAAUAUGCCUGUGCACAUUGCAGUGCUCUUCACUGGCUUGACGAGAAAACCACCAAUUCCCUGCGCCACUGCCCAGAAUUUGGUAUGUGCUGUAACCAUGGACAGGUACAGCUGCCAUAUCUUCAGCCUCCACCUGCAUAUCUUUACAACCUCUUCACAUCGAAUGAUGGACAAGCUAAAAAAUUUCGUGACAAUAUCGUUCAGUACAAUUCUGCUUUGGCUUUCACAUCGGUUGGCGUAAAAAUAGAUAAUACAGUCAACUGUCAUGGGCGGGGGCCUCCUGUAUUCCGUAUUCAUGGUGAAUUGAAACAUUGGUCUGGGGCAUUACUGCCUCGCGAAGGAAGUCCACCUGCUUAUGCACAACUGUACAUCCUUGAUCCUCAGACUGCUCUUCAAUACCGAAUGCACCACAACGAGAACCUUCACCAUGAGACAAUGCUAGCACUACAAAAUCUUCUUCAAGCAGUCAAUCCAUAUGCAAGGGCUUAUUUACAUGCAUAUGAGAUUCUUUGUAAAUAUCCAGAUGCCAGAGAUCUGUCAAUUCGGCUGCGUAUCAUGCCUGGUCAAGACCGAAGGAGGUAUAAUCUCCCUACUGCUGAUGAGGUCGCCGUUGUUGUCCCUGGUGAUGGGACACAAGUUGUGGACACUCGUGACAUUAUUUUGUCUCUUCGUCCUAAUGCAGAGGGGUUUGGUUGUGGGGCUCUGCAGAGAGUCAAUGAUGGUAAUGCAGCUUAUGCACCCCUCCACUAUGUUCUUCUCUUUCCA